GUGUUUUUGCUGCAUUCUCACUUCCCUGAUCGUGUAACAUUAAAACUUAUGCUAUAAACAAGAGAUUGAGUAGUGCAGGAGAAAUCCCAAAGAGAUCCCCACAAUUUUGACAAUGGCGGUCAAGGCCCUCGUUCUAAUUUUCAUCUAUGGACAACUGUGGUGGAACCACACCGCUGGAAAGGGGCCUGCGGGCGUGUCGCUCAAUGCUGAACCCCAAAGCUUCCCGUCUCAAGGAAAUCAAUCAAAAGACCCUACCAAAAAUGUACAGCAAAGGCCAUCCAGCGAACCCCAGCUUACUACCCCGACAAAAGAACCUAAGCUUGCAAAUGAACAUUUAAUAGCCGCUGUGGCCAUUGGGGUCAUCUUGUUGCUCAUGAUUGUGAUUAUCAUUGCCAUCUUCCUUUGGAGGCAACGGAAAAGGUCAAGUGUGUCUCUUCCCCACUGGGCAGGGCGCUCCCCCUUUGCCGAUGGAGACGUGCCCGACAUCACGGUAGAUAAGGAACCGCUGCAAGGCAUAAAACGGAUGUCCGUUCUCUCUCUGCCAUGGAAAUUUAGCAAGGACACACAGCUGCUGGACAAUGCAGAAGGGCAACUAUCUGAAUCCAGGAAGACCUUGGAGGUUCCACAGGGAUCGGGUGAGGCAAGUACAGAGAGCGAGUCAAGCCACACUGCCACGGCAACCUUGAAUUCCUCAGCCAGCAGCCAAACCCAAAUUUCCGAGGAACCAAACAACUUAACUGACAUUUCGCUCCAGCCGGAGAGUCCAAGGUUACAAGAUUCUCCUCCUUCAGCCAGCUGGCCCAGCGGAGUCAAUGGGGAUGUUUUUAUCCCUGAAUCCCGUCCCAUGGAACAACAUGUAGAGAUCCAGAGUUCCAUACCACCAGAUCUGCCCCAACAAAAUGUUGAUGAAGCAGUGCUAUUUCCUCCACCGCCAGAAGACUUUUUGUGCAACUGAUUUUUAUAGGUGUCGGUGCAAGUAAUCGCUUCCUUCUGAAAAAAUAGAGUAGACCCAUUUUCUUUUCAUCUUUUCAUACAGGUAGUACUCGACUUAUGACCACACGUGGGACCACAAUUGCUAAACAAGGUGGUUGUUAAAUGAGCCAUGCCCAAUUUUAUGAGCUUUUUUUCUGGCCACCGUUAUUAAGCAAAUUUGUCCAGUUAUCUAAUCAUGUUUAUUUAACCAUGUAUCUGAAAUGAUAUAGGGCAGUUAUGGCAAAACUUUUUGGCACUCAGUGCACAAACCGGAAUGUAUGUGUAUGCACAUUCAUGUCUGCGUGCUGGAGCGCUGGAAACCUGACCAGUUGGCCAGUGUGCGCAUACUUAUUUUGGGGGCGUUUUUGGCCUGAAAAAAUGGCCCUAAAACGCCCCCAAAACAGCCUGAAAAUGUCCCGAAAAUGCCAUUUUUUCAAGCCAUUUUUCAAGCAGUUUUCCGGCGCUCCAGAGCCCACGAAGACCAGCUGGCUGGCAUACCAGAAUCCAGAAGACCAGCUGGCGAUGGCACACAUGCCCACAGAGAGGGCUCUGCGUGCCACCUUUGGCAUGCGUGCCAUAGGUUCGCCAUCAUGGAUAUAGGAUUGGCCUACCCGAGCAGGGGCUUGGACCAAAAGACCUCCAAGGUCCCUUCCAAUUCUAUUAUUUUACGUUCUCUGUUCUAAAUCAUCAGCGUUAAUUGAUUCACAUGAUCAUUAAGUGAAUUCAGCUUCCCCCCAUUGGCUUUUGCUUGUCAGAAGCCACCUGGGAACAUCCCAAAUGGUGAUGACGUGACCCCGGGACACCACAACUAUUGUACAUAACCUACAUGCCAGUUGCCAAGUGCCAGAAUGUUGAUCUUGGGACUGUGGGGAAUGCUGCAACAGUCAUAAGUGCGAGGACUGCUUAUGAAUCACUUUUUUUCAGUGCUGUUAUAACUUUGAACAGUCACCAAAUGAACAGUGUUGAGGAAUACAUGUACUUCCGAAGAUGCUUUUUCAGGAAGACUCCUUGGCCAAACAUUCUCUACAAUCUCUGAUAUGCCAGCGUGAGCUUUGGUUGCAAGGACAGGUUCCAGGAACAUCUUUGUACCCCAUGGAUUUAUCGCUCCUAAAUUCUUAUGUGUGGAAAAGACUCAUUUUAAUGAGCAGGUUUUUUAAAAAAAAAACCUUUAUCACCUUGGAAUCCUUCUAACUUUUUCUAAUCAAAAAACCUGCACUUAAGGUGACUAUUUAGUGCUUUUAAAAUAAUCACUCAGCAAUGUGGAGGUUUGACAUUGGUGCCUGCACUCUGAAGUUCUGAGAAAUUUCCUCUUUUGAAAUUACAGUACAACUUCAUUUUGAAUUUCAUAAUUCUUUUCCUUCCCUUAAUUAUUACCCGUAGAUGUUUGGCUGUGUCCUGUGUAUCCACAAAGUUAUCAACAAUUUACUCUUUCUUACUUUCCAUUUUGCUUGAAAGCCUAUUUAUAUAUCUUAUCUAAAAAGCUGUGCCCUUUUUUUUUUAUCAUACAAGCACCUGACCUCAAACUGAACUACUCUCAGUUUCCAAAUUCCUAUACGUUGGCCUAUUGCGAUACAUGGUGUUCUAUUACGCACAUUAGGUGGCCAUGAUAAGAAUACUUAUUAGCUGCAGCUUUAGUGUGUGAUAGGCUUGCAGGUUGCAGAAAACUAUGUAUUUGUGCAAUUGCAUUUCUACCCAUACAUAGAGAAGCAUGCCAAUUGUUCUACAUUAUUAAUGAGAGGGAAUUGGAUUACUAACUUUCAAGAGAUCAGGGUUUAUUACCAAAAGAGCCACUGCUUUAUUCUCUCACAAGGACAAUAAUUCCUAGAUGCACUUCAAGGAAGAUUUUAGCCCAGUUGUCACAAAGCAUUAGAAAUUCUAAGGCAGCUUUUCCUCAAGUUGGUUGGCAAAUUGUAGGGGUUGCCAUCCCAAAAUAUUUGAAGAAUAUCAAAUUGGGGAAGAUUGGAUGCUAUGAAUUUAAGAACCAUAAAGAGAUUUUUCCAUGAAUGUUGUUCAACAAAUGUUUGCAAUUAUUUUGUUACGCUAUCCUGGGAAGAAUUUUGUUUGAAUUUUUACUAAAGGAAUACUACAGGUGACAAGCAACAUCUAGGAAGUCUGGUCUUUAGCCAGGCAGGAGAUAGAGAGACCAGAUUUUUGUUUCAGUACUUCACAGAGAAAUGUAUGAAUGAGACAGGAAAUAAAACGGUAUGUUUGUUGCUACAAAGUGUAUAAUAAAAUGAAUAAGCCUAGAUGAUUAAAUGUUUUAUGGAGACACAAAGUUGACGGAUGAAUGAGAUAGGGGGGGGGGGGGAAUAUGAUGGAAGGAAACCCAGUGAGGGGAUAAAUAGCAUAUUUGGUUCAACACUGAGCAGAGAGUAAGACAAAACCGAUAUUCCCUUGCUUCUUUAAUGCAGUUAUCAAGAAUGUUUUGGAUGACAUUAGAAACACAUCGGGCAGGGAAAUGAAAACACAGUACAGCUAAUCCUGUGUCCUUGAACAUUUAAAACAGCAAUGAAUAGAUGAAUCUGUUUACUUAAGAUAGGAAAAUAGCUGGAGAAAUAUUAAGGCAUGCAAAUACUGGUAAAAAGACACAGGUAGUCCUCGAUUUACAAC